GAUUCACUGAGCGAUAUACAGCCUGCGAGCAACUUUGCGAAAGUUUAAAAGCGUGCGUUUUUCUCGAUAUUGCUGGUAAGAUUAAGAUAUUUAGUAAUCGAUAAUAGUCGACAGACUAUCGGGGGAUCAUUUAGCGUUUAUAACGUAAAAAAUAUAUAUCGAUAAGAGGUCGGAAUUGACUGACAAACAGGGCGGCGUCACUUGACGCUCUCCUAGAUUUUGGCGCACAGCUGCGAUAGCGUCGAUUCGGUAUACGUGGCGUCAUUCGUUUCUGCACACGUGUUGCGCUAAGAAGGUUUGUAAAGAAUUUAGACGGCGCCAUAUUGACGCUGAUUGAUGACAGCAUUGGCCAAUUUGGCCUUAGUGGUACCGUAUAGCUGGCCUGUCGCGCACCAUUCGUUCAAAGUUCAUUCCUGCAUAGCGUCAUCAAAUAUCUCGGUUUGUAUGGAACGUUUUUCUCUUUGUGUUUGUCGCUCUGUUGUUUGUCAAAGCGUUUGGAUGAAAACGAAGCUUGUCCGAACUCGCCUCGCCCAUUUUUGGCUAAGUCCCGACCUCGUUUCGCAGCGACGCCUGUGCGUCUGCGCUGUUUUUCAUCGAUUUUUCUUUCUGCCAAAAAAAGCCGCCGUCGCUCUUUUUUCUCUUUUAUUGCGUACUUUAUCAAGCCUAACCGAACGCCUUAAAACUCUAUUCUGUUAUGUAACGAGGUUAGCCGAUUCGUUCGUAAGUAAACGCACUAGAUAUUUUUUACUAUUUUAGAUUAAUUACGAAUAACCGACGUCAUGUUGACACUGACGAUCUGAUUACGUAACAUGGAAGAUUGAUAAAUAUACGUGAGGGUUCUCGACGCUUCUCGAUUUAAUUAGGCGGCGAAGAAAGUUCUUUUCCUCGUAUAUGCUUUAUUUUGUUUAGUUCCUGUUUAGACGUUUUCUCUCUUUCUCUCUCUCUCUCUCUCUCUCUCUCUCUGCCAACCGUCGGCCAUUAUUUAUAAAAGAACGUAGAGUGUAUAGAAAAAAAGAAAAAAAAACCGAGUGUACUAAGUCUAUUCCGCCGCCGGAUGUGGCCUAAACGCUGCUAUUUGACUAUUUGCUAGGCGUUUGCGUCAUUAAUGACAGGAUUCAUAAUUAGCUGUACGCGUUCGAACGCGUGAAUAUGUUGUAAUUAUAGGCCUAUCAUCUAUUGUUCUAUGACGGGAAAGAGUUUCGUUUUUCUUUGUAGGCGUAUACGUAUUUUCCGUCUAUCUCGCAGGGAGAUAGAUAUAAAGAGUGAAGGUGGAAAACCCCCUUCUUAGUUUGGAUACGCCACCUGCAAACCGUGUGCAGGCAGCCCCGGCCGGCGUCUUAAAAAAGCUCCCAAACACAUCAAAAAAGUUUGCUCGACCCGCUCCGCUAACCGUCUAGAGAUAAGAGGUAGAUAACGCUUUAAUGCCUUCUCGCCGGUUACGGGCGGUGCGUGUUCUUUUCUAUGCCGAGCCGAUUUUGAAGCGGCUAGGCCUAAAGACCCUGUGACUCGGUAGUGAAUAGAAACGUUUGAAUAGAAAAGCGUUCAUGAGUAAAGAACGGCGGCGGUAUUAUUUGAAAGGCGCUUCUGGAAUGUUGUUAGCUGUCGGCCGGCCCCCGCAUAUAGAGGACGCCUUGUUUUCGGAUUUUGUUUUUCUUUUAUUGCCCUAUAGGUGGCGUUCUUGUUUCAGGUAACGCUCCGGGUAGAAAAUACCAUUACACAGACGAAAACGUACCCACUCUGCAAGGAUGAGUACCACCCUAGCUAAGGAGAGACUCAGGGAUUUAUUUAGCGAGACGCUUCUAACGCUCUGUCGCUCUAAUAUGAUUACGGAUAUGUUCCCCAAUUUUAGGGUUGAAGCUCUCAUAGGCCUUACUUUGCAUACAACAAAUAAGGAAGACGACGUCAUAUUGAUCAAUAUUAACCAGGAUAUUAAGAGCGGAAAGGCUAAGCAUAAACAAACGCCGACCCGCAGUAAAGGGCCCUAUUCUCUGUUAAGCGGAAUGCCGGCUGACUACUCUUAUAUGCAUCCUGUGACGGAUGCGGGCGUUCCUGAAGGAUUUUACACACAGAACGUGAGCGUCACUGAUCCAUCGGGUGGUGAACGAAUAGUGAAAGUUGAGCAAUGUGAACCUUGCGAUUUAUCGACGCCGCCCCGUGGCACGCCCAAAUCUAAUAAAGAAAAGAAGUCAAUUGACAAAGUUGUAGAAGAGUUAAGUGAAAAGAAAGAAGGAAAUGAUAAAAGUGAGGAAGCAACGCCCACGAAGAACGAUUGUUCAUCUGAUACUAGUUCUGAAAAACCUACACCGGCUAAGGCUAGAAGCAGCAAAAGAAAGGCCAUGCCAAUGAAAAAUAUGAAGACUGACCAGGAACAAACACAAGAAGAAUCUUCGACAAAUGUUUAUGCCGCGUUUAAUUCGACUCCAGUUUUCCCUGGACACGACUUUAACGACAAUACAAUUGACAAGCUUAACGGUCCAGCGGGGCGACCGAUGACGCCUACUCAUCAAGAGCCGAUGGAGCACGACGUUGAAUAUUCACCAGAAAACAUGCAAUUUUUAGCAACCUAUGGAACUGGAAAUCAACAAGUGUAUCCGAACUCUGAGCUGCUAAACUCUGACAGUUCACCAGAAGAUAUAGAGAGAUUUCGUAAAAUGUCCCCAGGAAAAGUAAGUAUAGUCAGUUUAGACACUAAGCUAAAAACAACUCAUCUCCUAAAAAGCUGGUAUAGAAACUUUAAAAAAAAUAACUUUUUUGCAUUACAAGGCUUUAUCGCUUAACUGGUAUUAGCAAAAGGUUGAGGUUCUUACUAACUAAGCUAACUCUUAAUAUUUUACCCCGUUUCAAAGAAUGCUGAGGAAGAGUGACACAGGUUUGGGCUUUUGUGAUGCAUGCGCCGUGUGUGUGUGUGUGUAAUUUUUUACGUUCCUUUAGCCCUCGGGCGUCACGUGUCUUUUUCCGCGUCGGAUUGUUGCGAUUUUUUAGAUGUAGCAUGUUGUGCUUCCCUGCUCUUUUCAAACAUUCACGUUAUUCCUUUAUUGUCAAAUAUUUUUCACAUAUAUUUGUUACCAUAUUAAAAAUGUUUUAGAUGAUGUGCCCUUAGGAUUUCAAGAAUCUUUAUUAAAUUUUUCUAUAACAUUACCUAAAAUUACGCCCAUACAGACCAAGCUCGCACAAAGGCAGCUGAGAAUGUAUGCAUGUAAACAGUGCAAUAAGACGUUUAAUCAUUCGAGUCACCUUAAGGAUCACAUUCGAAUACAUACAGGUGAAAAACCGUUUGCCUGCCAAGUAUGCAGAAAAGGAUUUCGACAAAAGCAGCACCUGAAAAAGCAUUUGCAAGUUCAUAAAGAAGAAAAUGCAGCAAACCAGACCGAGAAUCCUCCGACUUCAAUCGAUACAAAUUCGGGUGCUAUUGAAAAUAUGGCUUUUCCGGCCCCAGAAUUAGUUGAUGCAACUAUAACCUAAAAUGAUUGGAUUUAAAUAUCCUGUUUUUUUUCCAUGGGACGCUCUCCGACGUGCCAACUUUCUAUUAAUUACUUUCGAGAAACGCUUGCUCUAUGUAAAAGUUUUUAAUUAAAGUAGUGGAAUUCUUAUUGAAAAAAAAAGCGAGCGUUUAAGAAAAUUUUGCUAAAAUAUGCCUUAUAUUGUUUCGACUCAAAAAUUGAUCGUUAAUGAUCAUUUUGUUAGAGAGGAAAAUUGUACAUAAAAAUAUUUUGUUUCUGUACGAAGUAUAGCAGCGUCACAGCGUCUUUUACAAAUAGUCACAUAUUUACGUAAGUGUUGUAAAUUGACUAGCGUUUUUUUGGACAGAUUAAUGAAUGAAUUGUUAAAAUCUUGCAUAUUUUCUAGUCAGUAGAAAGACAAAUUUCUUUGUGUACGUAAUAUGUGCGAAGCGUUUUGGUUGUUUCACAUCUUUUUUUUCAUCCUCCAAUACUCACGCUGAAUUAUUAAAUGUGUAAAAUGUAGUAUAGUUCGUUUUUAGCUUCUGCCAAAGUAUCGUUAAAUUCGAUUGUUGCUUUUUAUCUGAAAAUGAUUUUUUCUUACGCUCUACCAAUACACUUUAACGUUUAUAUAAUCUA